GGUUGAAACGGUAAGCUCAUCUCUCUCGUUCUUGUUCUGUCUUUGCUUUUCUCUCUCUAAAGCCUCAAUGCAGAAAGGGCUGCUACAUCAUCAUCAUCUUUAAUUUGCCAUUGAAGAAGAAAACAAAACAAAACACACCGAAACAGAAAGAGAACACAACAAAUGCGGAGUUUCGUCGCCGUGUUGCUGGCCUUAACUGCUGUGGUGACGGCGGUGCCGGCAACGGUGGUGCUUCCGGGGAGCUAUCUUCCCCUGGAACGCACCAUUCCCCUGAACCGUCGCAUGGAGCCGGAGGCGCUGAGAGCUCGCGACAGAGCACGCCACGCUCGAAUCUUGCAAGGCGCAACUGUUGCCGGCGUUGUCGACUUCUCAGUCCAAGGAACCUCCGAUCCUUACUUCGUUGGGUACGGAUUGUACUUUACAAAAGUGAAGAUGGGUUCUCCUCCUAAGGAAUUUAAUGUCCAGAUUGAUACUGGGAGUGACAUCUUGUGGGUUAAUUGCAACAGAUGCAGUAAUUGUCCACAGUCUAGCGGGCUGGGGAUCCAGCUCAAUUUCUUUGAUGCAGCCAGCUCAUCCACUGCUGCACUGGUUUCCUGCUCGGACCCGAUAUGCACUUAUGCAGUUCAAACUGCAACAAGUGAAUGCUCCUCUCAGGUUAACCAGUGCAGCUACACCUUUCAGUAUGGAGAUGGAAGUGGUACAACCGGAUAUUAUGUUUCCGAUGCUAUAUAUCUUGACACGAUUGUGGGACAAUCUGUGCUUUCUAACUCAUCAUCUACCAUCGUUUUUGGGUGUAGCACCUAUCAAUCUGGAGAUUUGACUAAGACAGAAAAAGCAGUUGACGGAAUUUUUGGAUUUGGACCUGGUGCUCUAUCUGUUAUAUCGCAGUUGUCAUCGAAAGGCAUGACCCCCAAAGUUUUCUCGCAUUGCUUAAAAGGAGAUGGCAAUGGAGGAGGCAUACUAGUUCUUGGUGAGAUAUUGGAGCCUGGCAUUGUUUAUACUCCACUUGUCCCAUCACAGCCCCAUUACAACUUAAAUCUUGAGAGUAUUGCUGUCAACGGACAGCUCCUCUCAAUUGAUCCAGCUGCAUUUGGAACAUCUAACAAUCGGGGAACCAUAGUUGACUCUGGUACAACAUUGGCAUACCUUAUUCAAGAAGCUUAUGAUCCAUUUGUCAAUGCUAUAACUACAACUGUGUCACAGUUUGCCAGACCCAUUAUUUCUAAAGGAAACCAGUGCUAUCUGGUCCCAACCAGCAUAGGUGAUAUAUUUCCUUCAGUCACUUUAAACUUUAUUGGUGGAGCAUCCAUGGUUCUGAAACCAGAACAAUACCUUAUGCAUUAUGGUUUUCUUGAUGGUGCUGCAAUGUGGUGCAUGGGUUUCCAGAAAGUGCAGGAGGGAUUCACAAUUUUAGGAGAUCUUGUGCUGAAAGAUAAGAUUUUUGUAUAUGACUUGGCUAAUGAGCGUAUUGGAUGGACAAACUAUGACUGUUCCUUAUCAGUAAACGUCUCAGUGGCUGCAACCAAGAGCAAAGAUCAGUACAUCAAUGCAGGAACGCUGAGUGUCAGCAGCUCCCUCAUAGGCCAUGUGUACAAGUUACUACCUGUAAGCAUUGUGGUUCUCCUUGUCCACAUGAUAGUUUCCAUGGUGCCCCCAAUUUCGUGACUCACUUCCAAGAUUUUCAAAAGCUCAUUCUUUGAAACUCCCUGGAUUUCGCCGAUGUUUUGCUCAUUAUCGGCAUUCCCAUGAUGUUUUGACCGGGAUUUGUAGCUGUUUCUGCUCUGUAUUUAUGUCAUUGGCAUCUCUCCAUUAAAUAUGAUGAAAAUGUGAAAUCUCAUUGUAAAGCGGCUCUCUUUUAGAGAAAUGGCAUACUUGUAUAUUAUUAUAUCUGUAAUGGUAGAUGAAAUUGUAGUAUUUAUAAAGGUGCUCUGAACGCAUAGAACAUUUCAGUUGUGACUUGUGAGUAGAGUUACUUUCAGUGAAGUGUAUAGAAAUCUCACAUGGUCAUGGUAUUCCAUUAAUGGAA